UCAUUCUCCCUCCUCCCUCUACUGUUGCUGAACCAGUCUAUUAAUCGACGACUUGUUCUUUUUAUUGUAAACCGGAUCGUUUUAACUCAGUGAUUCCUUACGAAACAGCUGAGUCCGGUGAUGUGGCGGUGAGUUACUUCUUUCUUUGAAGGGGUAGAAUUGGAAACCGGAAAAGAUGCAAAAAAUAGAUCGAGCAGACUUGACGGUCGGACCGGCUAUGGAUAUGCCGAUUAUGCACGAUAGUGACCGGUACGAUUUCGUUAGGGACAUCGGAUCGGGUAAUUUCGGAGUCGCUCGGCUUAUGCGAGAUAAGGUUACUAAGGAGCUCGUCGCUGUCAAGUACAUCGAGAGAGGCGAUAAGAUUGAUGAAAAUGUUCAAAGAGAAAUUAUUAAUCAUAGAUCAUUGAGGCAUCCGAAUAUUGUUAAAUUUAAGGAGGUUAUAUUAACACCUACGCAUCUUGCCAUCGUAAUGGAGUAUGCCUCUGGAGGAGAGCUUUUCGAGCGAAUUUGUGCUGCCGGUCGAUUCAAUGAAGACGAGGCUCGGUUCUUCUUCCAACAGCUUAUAUCAGGCGUUAGUUAUUGCCACGAGAUGGUAGAUAUACUUUAUCCACUUUGUAAAAAUGUGUUGAAUUGUAUGGUGUCUAGCCUGAUAGAUUAUUUUGCUCAUCGAUUUGGUUUGUUUUACUUGAUGAAGCAAGUAUGCCACCGCGAUUUGAAGUUGGAAAACACUUUGUUAGAUGGAAGUCCCGCUCCACGGCUUAAGAUAUGUGAUUUUGGGUACUCCAAGUCAUCAGUUCUUCAUUCGCAACCAAAAUCCACUGUUGGCACUCCUGCAUACAUUGCUCCUGAAGUACUCCUAAGGAAAGAAUACGACGGCAAGAUUGCAGAUGUAUGGUCAUGCGGGGUUACCUUGUAUGUAAUGCUGGUUGGGGCAUACCCUUUUGAGGAUCCUGAGGAGCCAAGAGACUUUCGGAAGACAAUACAAAGAAUCCUUAGUGUACAGUAUGCAAUUCCUGAUUUUGUCCAAAUAUCAUCCGAGUGUCGACACCUGAUUUCAAGGAUAUUUGUUGCAGAUCCUACAGCUAGAAUCACAAUUCCAGAAAUUAGAAACCACAAGUGGUUCUUGAAGAAUCUUCCUGCUGACCUGAUGGAUGAACACACAAUGGGUAGCCAUUUCGAUGAGCCUGAUCAACCUAUGCAGAGCACAGACACGAUUAUGCAGAUUAUUGCCGAGGCCACCAUUCCAGCUGCGGUAGCCCCAAGCCUAAACCAUUACAUGCUUGACCCCCUUGAUGACGAAGAGAUGAAUGACCUUGAUUCUGAAUCCGAACUCGAUGUUGAUAGCAGCGGAGAGAUAGUCUACGCGAUGUAAUAUGGAAGGAAAAAAAACAGUUUCCCUGCAGUGGUGCAGUUGUUCCCUGCAAUCUUAAGCGUGAAGACAUACAUGGCUGCAUUUAUGGUAGAGUUGCACAAUGCUGGUUCCAAAUUGUCAUGGUCCGUUGAGUAUAAAUCUGUGGAAGAAAAUGAUUUUUAAUAGUAAUUCACAGGGGAUGAUCACCGGGAAAAAAAGAUUGAUUGUUCAUUGUUGGAUAUGAUCAUCUCCCAAACUUCCACAUGUCGGUAACUAUCGUCGAACCCUCUUCAUUUGUAUUUUGGAAUUUGUUCGUGUACUUUUUGCUUGGUUAUGUUUUAUGCA